AUGGACAAACCAUCCCCCGAAGCUGUGCAAGACAAGGUCGUAUGGCAAGCCCUAUAUAUUGGAAUGCUCGUUGCAGGUGUUCUUAUCGCCACUAAUCGUAUUCAAAAAGCCAUCGAAUUUUAUAAGGAAUGCUUGGUUCUCCUCGGCUCCAGAGUCCCUUUUUUCGAGAUGGUGCUUUCUGUUAAUUUGUUGAAAGCGUACUGUCUCAUUGGUGAUCUCAAAAGUGCUAUAGAAUUCGGAAGAAAUCGUCUGGAUGUACUCCGCAGCAGGGGCAAAAUAAACCACAAAGAAGAGGUAUUUCUGUUUUUAAUGGCAGAGCUUUAUGAACAGCAAGGUAAUAACAGGGAAGCAAAAGGGCUUUUCGAGGAAACACUCUCCAUCAUGAAAUUAACUGAUGACAGAAAAGGACAAGUUAUAUGUUAUCUAAGACUUGGAAAAGUGUGUCAGUCACUCGGUGAUUAUAACACGGCUAAAGAAUGUUUUGAAAAAGGAUCUGUUACUGUAAGAGAAUUUGGCGAUAAAAGCGCUGAAGCCCGGUUCAACGAAAAACUAGGAACUCUGUACUGGUCGUUGAAUGAAAAAGACAACUCUAAAAAGUCUUUCGAAAAAGCCCUUGUGUUGAGAAAAGUAGCAGGCCAGAGGAACAAUGAGGCACAAAAUUGCGUCAACUUAGCACACGUGUUUCAAUCUCUCUGUGAUUACGACAAGGCUAAAGAAUAUUUUGAAAAAGCACGUACUAUUUUUGAAGAAGUCUGUGACAAGAAGAAGGAAGCUUCAUGCAACGAAAACCUAGCAAACGUUUGGUUCCAAUUAGAAAAGUAUAACCAUGCUAUAAAGUAUUUCCAAAUUGCCUUGGAGAUACAUGAAAAAAAUGGGGACAGGGAAAACGAAGCCAUUUGCUACGGUAACAUGGGAGUAGUCUGGGAGGCUCUGGGUGAAUUUCCCAAAAGUAAAGAGUACCUUAAAAGAGCACUUGCAAUCAAUCAAGAAAUUGGUCACAGGGAACGAGAAAUGGAGGAUUACAUACACCUUGGAACUUUAUGUUGUUCAAUCGGCGACUGUUGCAAGGCUAAGGAAUAUCUUUUCAAAGCACUUGCAAUCACAGAGGAAAUCGAGAACAAGAAAAUGGAAGCCGAGUGUUACGGGCACAUAGGAAAUGUUUUUAAUUUUCUCGGUGAAUUUGCAAAGGCUAAAGAAUAUUUUCAGAAAGGGCUUGUGAUUAGAGAGGAACUUGGCGAUAGGAAAGGAACAGCAGAAGAUUACAGAAACCUUGGAGACGCGUUUCACGCCCUUGGCGAUUUCGCCAUGGCGAAACGAUAUUAUGAAAAAGCAAUUGCAAUAAAUAGGGAAAUCGGCUAUAAACGAGGAGAGAUUAAAUGUUACUCUCUCCUGGGAGUUUUACUGACCUCCCUUGGAGAGAAUACUAAGGCAAUACAGUGUUAUGAAAAAGCUCUUGAAACAAGCAAAAAAGCAGGGGACAGAAGAAGUGAGGCAUCGUGUCACGAAAUCUUAGGAAAAAUCCAGUUUCAUUCCGCGGGUGGAUUUCUCUCGGGGAAAGAACAUUGCGAGGUCGCAAUUGCGAUCAAUAAAGAAAUUGGCAGUAGACAAGGGGAGGCUUCCUCUUACGAAAGCCUAGGAGUCGCAUCUCUUUCUCUCGGAGCCUAUAGUAAGGCCAAGGAAUGUCAUGAGGAAGCUCUGGCAAUAAGGAAAAAAUAUGGUGACAAAGGAGGUGAAGCUUUAUCUCAUGAAAACCUAGGAAAUGUCUUUCUCGCCCAGGGUGAAUAUGCCUCGGCUAAGGAAAGCUAUGAAAAGGCAAUUGCGAUCCAUAAAGAAAUUGGUCUGAGACAAAGAGAAGCCAUGUGUUAUGGAUUGCUAGGGCGUGUACUUCUUUUCAUCGGAGAAAAAAUAAAAACCAGAGAAUGUCAUGAAAAAGCUCUCGAAAUCAGAAGGGAAAACGGUGACAAAGCAGGUGAGGCAGAAUGUUACGGAAACCUGGGCGUUCUCUUUCAGUUCUUGGGUGAAUAUGCCACGGCUAAAGAAUAUUUUGAAAAAGCAAUCACGAUUCGUGAACAAAUUGGUGCCAGAGAACAAGAGGCCAUCUGUUAUAUAAACCUCGCGUGUGUGUUAAAUUCCUUAGGACAAAAAGCAAAGGCCGAAGAGUGUCAUGAGAAAGCUCUUGGAAUCAGUAAGGGAAGCGGUGACAAAGGUGUUGAAGCAUUAUGUUACGGGCAGCUAGGAUCUGUCUUUGCGUCUCUGGGUGACUAUAUCGCGACCAAAGACUAUUAUGAAAAAGCACUUGCGAUAUAUAAAGAGAUUGGCUUCAGAGACGCAGAGGGCACAUUUUGUGAAAGCUUAGGAAAAGUGUUUCAUUCUCUUGGAGACAAUGCUAAAGCCAAAGAAUAUCUUGAGAAGGCUCUUGCGAUCGCAAAAGAAAUCGUCAACAAACAACUGGAAACUUUAUGUUACAGAGGACUAGCCGAUGUCUUCCAGUCCCUGUGUGAAUAUGCCAGGGCAAAAGAAUAUCAUGAAAAAGCACUUGUGAUGAGUAAAGAAGAUGGCAGCAAAUCGGAAGAAGGUCUAUCCUAUGUAAGCUUAGGAUCUUUUUUUCUCUCUCUUGGAGAGUAUACUAAGGCCAAGGAAUAUUACGGAGAAGGUCUGGAAAUCAUGAAAGAAAUCGGUGAAAGAAAAGGUGAGGCAUCGUGUUACAAAUGCCUAGGAAGACUUUUCCUACGCCUAAAAGACUAUUCUAUGGCUAAAGAGUUUUAUGGAAAGGCAGUCACACUGUAUAGAGACAUUGGAAGCAUUGAGGGUGAAUUAGAGGCCAACGGCAAACUCUCUUUGGUGCUGCUAGCUGAAGGCAGAAUUCAUGAUGCUCAAUCGCAUCUCUUUACCAACGUUCGCAACUGCGAGAAAAUGCAAAGUUUCAUGAAAAACAAUGAACGCUUUAAGAUAUUGUUUUUUGACAAGCACAAAGAUUUGUACCAGUUCCUUAGUUUUUUUCUUUGUAUCACUGGGGAUUUUGAUAAAGGUCUCGACGUUUUGGAGCUUGGGCGAGCCAGAGCCCUGGCAGACUUGAUGUUAGCUCAGUACUCUGUGGAAGAACAAGUUGUAUUCAGUCAUCUGCUCGAGGCCAAUGGUGCUGCAGCCAUCACGAAGAAGGAAAGUAGUUGUGUUUGUCUAUACAUUUCCAGUUUGAAAGAAACGUUGUUUUUUUGGAUUCUUAAAGAAGAGAGGAUAAUAGGUUUCCGACAAGUAGACAUUAAUGAAUGUUUAAAUAACAAAGCAACAGUAAGAGAUGUAGAAGACAUGUUUGCAGACAAAGUCUACAGAAAGUUUUACGGCGUAGCUCCAGAGAUGUGCGAGAAUCAAUCGUCUUGCCCAUCAAAUGCUAACCAUCCCGAGCGUAUAUCAUACCACACAGCAUCACGCCUGAUAGAAGUAGACGACGAGGAGGACCAGCAGGUGCACUCGGACCCUACACUGGCCGACGGUUACAAAAUGAUCAUCGCUCCUGUUUUUGACCUCCUUGACGGUGAAACCGAAGUCAUGAUUGUUCCCGACCCAUUCUUGUUCAAAGUUCCGUUUGAAGCAUUACAGGAUAAAGAUGGAAGCUAUUUGUCUGAGACUUUCAGAAUCCGAAUUGUUCCUUCUUUGACAACUCUAAACCUCAUUCAUAACAGUCCAGCAGAUUAUCACAGUCAGACUGGAGCACUGAUAGUAGGUGAUCCUGACGUUGGUUGGGUGCUCUACAAAGGCAGUAAGGUGUAUAGAUCGUCAUUGCCAUUUGCAAGAGAAGAAGCAAGGAUGCUAGGACGAAUUCUUGGAGCUCAAACUUUAUUGGGAAAGGAAGCAACAAAGCAGGCGGUUCUUCACAGCAUACAUUCUAUGAGUCUUGUACAUUUCGCAGCCCACGGUAACCCCAAAACCGGAGAAAUUUAUCUUGCUAGGCCACUUCCCAUAGACGGAACUCCACAAGAAGAGGACUACUUAUUGACAAUGGCUGAUAUUUCAAAAGUUCGACUGCGAGCCAGGCUGGUAGUCCUUAGUUGCUGUCACACUGCAGAUGGAGAGAUCAGAGCUGAGGGAGUGGUUGGAAUGGCUCGCGCGUUCUUAGGAUCUGGUGCACGCUCUGUGUUGGCGGCACGGUGGGCGGUAGACGAUGAAGCGACAAUGCAUUUCAUGUUUCGUUUCUACUAUCACCUUGUUCGUGGGGAAAGUGCUAGUGAAUCUCUUCACAAGACUAUGAAGUGGAUGAGAGCUGGCCCCUUUUCGAAAGUGCAGCAGUGGGCACCAUUUAUGCUUAUUGGGGAUAACGUGACCUUUAAUUUCGACAAGAAAAGGUAUGCAUUUAUGUGA